AUGGCGCAAUACUCCGGUUCAUCCCUAACUACUAUGGCAUUCCUCGAUCUACAGAAUGCCUACUGGCAUGUUCCCAUCUGCCCACGCUUCCGGAAGUUCCUCGCUUUCCAGGUAGGACGACAGUGCUACCAGUUCACCCGUCUUCCUUUCGGACUGUCCAUUGCUCCACGGGUUUUCUCUCGGCUGACGAAGGUAGUAGCCGCCAAGUUUUCAGAAAAAGGGGUGGAUGCUCUCAUGUAUUUAGACGAUCGGCUCAUCGUCUCCCAUUCCCUACCAAUGGCGAGAGAGAGAGUGACAACCGCCCUGAAGACCACUCAGAACAUGGGGUUCAGAGUGAAUGUUCCAAAAUCCACUCUAACACCCACCCAGACUCUCAUCUGGCUCGGCAUGGAGUGGGACACAGCCAGGGCACGGGUGCGCCUGUCCCCAGAGAACGCCUCCAAGAUUCAUCGCCGGCUCUUUCGGGCAUCAAUGUCCAGGACAAUGACCCGCCGCCAGUGGGAGGCCAUCCUGGGAUCUCUUAACUUUGCGGCAGAAGUCUGCCCGCUUGGCAGGAUUCGUCACCGCCGUCUUGUCAGGGAGGUCAACUCAGCCAUACUUAUAUAUCCUCGGGACUCCCUCCAGCAGGUCCCUGGUCACCUUACCGAGUUGCUACGACCUUGGCUGGCCGACUGCUGUCUCCAACAGUGGGCUCCGUGGGUUCCUCCACCACCACAAAUCCGAGUCUCAACGGACGCCUCAAACGCGGGUUGGGGUUACCAGUCCUCCCUAGGCCAUCAAGUGCAAGACAGGUGGGUGAAGAGGCUCGAGCAGGCCCACAUCAACGUAAAGGAGUUGUGGGUCCCUUUCAAAUUCCUCUCUACGCACCAAGACCUGCACAACGUGGGGAUUCUUUUCGAAAUGGACAACACAUCCGUGGUUCACUGUCUCAACCGCCAGGGGUCUUCCAAGUCGGAAGCCCUGUUGUCUCUCUCGGAAAGGAUAUUUCAGGAGGCCUCCGUCCGUUCUCUUCACCUGUCGGCACUCUAUGUCCCCGGCGAGGAGAAUAUUUGGGCGGAUGCCUUGUUCCGCUUUCAGCACACAUCUGUGGAAUGGCAGCUAUGCCCGAACGUGUUCCGCUCCCUAGGGGACAGCUGGGGCACCCCUCAAGUGGACCUUUUUGCCUCUCCCACCACAGCUCAGGUGCCUCAGUACCUCACGCGAAAUGUCAGGACGGGCACAGGGGGUCCGGACGCUUUCGCCGAGGAUUGGAACAGCACCUUUUUGGAAACACAACACGACACAGGAGACAACACAAGCACCGCAACGCAAAGCAACCCAACACAACACACGUCACGCCACCACAUUCAUUUAGCACCGAAGACAAUUAGUGCCAAGAACAGCCGUUGCUCAACAGUGUGGAGAGUGUACCCAGCAGACCCUGGGAGCGGUAACCUGGUGCUGGGGCCUUCCAUUGCCAAGACAGGGAUCAGGGUUCGUCUCAGCCUGUCUCGGCCAAGUGGAGAUGGACGGAGCUGGGUAAUACGAACGUGA